AUGGGAAAAGGCGGCGACAAGGGCGGUGCCGCGAAAGGGAAAGGCAAGCCGGCAGGCGAUAAGGAGGAGAAGGGGGGGAAGGUCAAGGGCGCACAAUUCGUCAACGUCCGACACAUUCUGUGCGAGAAGCAUGGCAAGAAGGAAGAGGCUUUAGAGAAGCUCAAGGGCGGUGCGAAGUUUGACGACGUGGCGAGGGAGUUCUCCGAGGACAAGGCGCGGGCUGGUGGAGCUCUGGGGUGGAAGAAGAGGGGUGAUCUGGAUCUUGCGUUUGAGGAGAAGGCUUUCGAGCUGGAGGCUAGCACGCUUGCGAGUCCGAAGUAUGCAGAGGUCAAGACUGGGUUUGGGUAUCACAUUUUGAUGGUGGAGGGUCGGAAGUAA